UUAACGCGCGGCCAACACGAUCACAUCGCAGACCCAAACACAACCACACCGGACCCAAACUAUACACCAUAUAGCAUAUGCAUAGGCAUAGUAUAGUGUGCAUAGUGUAUAGUGUACAUAUUAUUUAGUCUGGUAUAACAAGUGCGCGGCGUUGCGAGAUCGGCGUUGAUUUAGAUUUAUGUUUUGAUUCUUUCAACGAGUGUUUCGGCUAAUUGCCAGUUGCUCAAAGUUUGAUCAGCCGUCAUAUUCGAUUAUUCAACAAUUUUGCUGGUUGGAGUUUGGAUAUUAAACACAAAGAAUUGCAGUUACUAUUGCUGAAUUGAAAUAAAAUUGUGUUUUAUUUUUACAACCACCGUCAUGACCAAGAAUGGACACAGCAAUUCGGCUUACGUCGGCGAUCAUCCGGAGAAAUUGGAGCUGGCGGAGAAGGGUCAGAAGAACAAGGCCGUAGUUACCAAGGAUCCCGACUACAAUCCCUAUCACCAUCGCGAUGUGGAGCAUCCCACCACGAACUCGGAAACCCUGUUCCAUUUGCUAAAGGGUUCGCUGGGCACAGGAAUUCUGGCCAUGCCGAAUGCCUUUCGUAACUCCGGUUAUAUUACUGGAUCCAUUGGUACGAUUGUCAUUGGUUUCAUUUGCACCUUCUGCAUUCACCAGCUGGUCAAGGCUCAGUAUGAACUGUGCCGCAGGAAGAAGAUGCCCAGCAUGAAUUAUCCAAUGGUGGCGGAGACGGCAAUGGGUGAAGGCCCAAAAUGCUUCCGGGUUUUUGCUCCCUACAUUGGCACAGUGGUUAACACCUUCCUGCUAAUCUAUCAACUGGGCACCUGUUGCGUUUACGUGGUCUUCGUGGCGUCCAACAUUAAGGCCAUUGUGGAUGCAGUGGCCGAUACCAGCAUCGAUGUGCGACUCUGCAUGAUCAUCAUACUGCUGCCCCUGAUCCUCAUCAACUGGGUGCGGAAUCUUAAGUAUCUGGCUCCGUUCUCCACGCUGGCCAACGCCAUUACGAUGGUAUCCUUCGGCAUCAUCUGCUACUACAUCUUCCGCGAGCCAGUCACCACAGAGGGCAAGGAUGCCUUUGGAAAACCCUCGAACUUCCCGCUAUUCUUCGGCACCGUCUUGUUUGCGCUGGAAGCCAUCGGUGUAAUCCUGCCCCUGGAGAACGAGAUGAAGACCCCGCAGAAGUUCGGCGGCAGCUGUGGAGUCCUCAACGUAUCCAUGGUGCUCAUUGUGUUCCUCUACGUGGGCAUGGGUCUCUUUGGUUAUCUCAACUAUGGAUCUGCGGUGCUGGGUUCCAUCACACUAAACAUGCCGGAGCACGAAGUGCUUUCCAUGUGCGUCAAGGGCAUGCUGGCCUUUGCCAUUUACAUAACCCAUGGAUUGGCCUGCUAUGUGGCCAUUGAUAUCACCUGGAAUGACUAUGUGGCCAAGCGCCUGGGCGCCCAACGGAAUGCCCUGUUUUGGGAGUACGCAGUGCGAACUGGCCUCGUCCUGAUCACCUUCCUCCUGGCAGUGGCCAUUCCCAACCUGGAACUGUUCAUCUCCCUCUUUGGAGCACUGUGCCUCUCCGCUUUGGGUCUGGCUUUCCCGGCACUCAUCCAGAUCUGCACACAUUGGUACAAUACGAAGGGUUUCGCAAAGGUCUGGCUGGUGUUAAGCAACUUUGUGCUGAUCAUUGUGGGCAUCCUGGGCUUGGUUAUCGGCACGUAUACCUCACUCAAGGAGAUCGUGCUGACCUUUUCCGAGUAGUUUGCUUAUGCGAGAACCUAAAUCCGCCAGCGGGCAUUCCAAUUCAAGCGAAAGUAUUAUGAGCAAUCGAAAGAUAUUGAAAUCUGUAAACACUUGCAGCGCAGCACACAUGACAAGAUGCAGAUGCAGAUACAACUAGGGAUAUAGUUACAGUUGAGCUGAGAUCCACUGUUUAUGUGUAAAGUUAUACUCUGAACUAAUUGUUGUGUAUUUGUAUAGAAUUUAACAGAUUUGUGAUAUUUUAAGCGUCAUGCCCAAGAAUCUGUACAACAAACGUGUGUAUAUCAUAUAUCUCUUUAUAUAGUAGAUAGCUUCUUGAUAAGUAGUUUAGUGCACAGUCACAUCUUUUUAAGUCAUAUUUAAAGUACGAUAGCAGAUAACCACAAUAAUAAACACAUUUUGCCAUAUUAA